AUGGAUCAGUUACUGAAUUUUAAUACGUUUGCAUCCAUGAGAAAGGGUUUAAAACUCGAAGAAUACAAGAAUCUGAAGAUAUUAUGUGUUUUAACGAACGAAACCGGAAUUUAUGUGACCAAAGAGGACAAAGUCUAUGGCUUUGGGAACAACUCGAGGGGAUGUCUGGGUUUGGGUGUUGCGGACGAACACAUCAAUGGACACAAACUCAACAAAUAUCUCACAGACAAAGGAUUGGCAAACAUUUACUUCGGGUAUCAGUUCUGUAUAGGACUGACACAAACCGAUCGGUGCUAUUCGUGGGGAACCAAUGAAUUCGGUCAACUCGGAUGUGGACAGACAGACAACCAAUCGGUGUCAGUGCCUCAGCUCAUGGAUCUGUUGUCUGACAAACAAGUGGUGGACAUACGCUGUGGUAAUUCCCAUAUAUUAGCGCUCACCCUCACGGGACAGGUGUAUGGUUGGGGUCGCAACACGUUUGGACAGAUAGGCAACGGAACUAAUAACCACAUGUAUUAUCCGACACUCAUUCACUUUAGUGACAAAAUAAUAUCCGUUUCUUGUGGUAAAUCACACUCAAUGGCACUGACAGACACCGGCAAUGUCUAUGUCUGGGGUAACAAUAAGUCCGGACAGUUAGGUAUACCGACAGAAAAUAGUGAAAAGAGUGGUAACUAUUUUAAACAAUAUCGACCACAACUUUUGGGAUCAACUUCUUUGCCUUUCAUUACAAAAGCCAUUUGUGGUGCCGAACACUCACUGUUACUGACCACUGAUGGAGAUAUCUAUUCAUUUGGUCUCAACUCUGACGGACAGUUAGGAACAGGCACUCAAGACAAUCAAUGCCUUCCCAUCAAAAUGAGUUCAGAAACUAAAUUCAAAGACAUUUGUGACUGCGGAGGAAUGGGUCGCCGAUAUGACUGCGACUACUGUUUGCGGUCAUUCAAAGAUCUGCCGCAAAGUCGUCGAAAGCAUCUGAGAAGUACUGAUCACUUGAUGGCCAAGAAGUGCUAUUAUGAGUCCAUUAAGACAGCGGCCGAUCACCUGAGGGAUGAGCUCAACAAAAGUGUUUGCAAUCAUUACUUCAGACAUAACUUCUGCAAAUUCGGUGAUAAUUGCAUUCAUUCACACCUGACGUACGAUAGGCUACAAGAGCUCAGACAUCAGGCCAUCGCUGAGCGCAUGGACUCCAGAAGAAUGGCUCCGAUGUCACCAAAUGUGUCACAAGUGAGUGGUUUCGACGCGAAGACCCAUUUGGAUGUGUGGCUGAGGAAGAGGUUUAAUACCACGGACUCGGAGUCCGCACGAGAUAACGAUAGGACCUUCGAUGUCAUUAAUAUAAGACAUAAUUUACAAGAACUGAAGCAAUUGUUUGAGACGUUAGACACGAGACAAAUACCGAUCUCUUUGAUCCCACCAUCGAUUGAAGACUUUAAUCAAUCGGAGGAAUGCGAGUGGAAGUGA